AGUCAAUCGCCCUCGCGGGUCCGGCCAGGUUUGUGGUGGUGGUGGUUCUGUUGGCGAGCCGCCGGCACUUGGGGACCCAAGUUGGGCCAUGUCUAUUUUUAGGUAUCGCACGUGGAAUGACGAAGCGUGCGAGACGAGGGCACGUUUUCAGGUUCAUAGUCUCUCUAAUGGAACGGGUUUGAACUGGGAAACGGCUGCGAAGCCCCGAAUUCUGAGUCGAAAUCUCACGCCUGAAAUCUCGUGCAAUACACUUCUUACGACCAAGUAUAUCCACAAUGGCAGCCGAGCAGUAUGAGGCUCGACAACGUCACACCGAGGCCGUCAGCUACCCGUUCCAACGCAGCCAGUCGGACCCCAUGCUUUCCAUGCCGCGGUCAGCGUACCCGCUAUCCCCCUCCGACUUAUUCUUGCCGCAAUAUCCCAUACCGCCACCGUCACAGUUCGGAGGCAAUAAUAGUCAGCAGCAGAUGAGCCAUCUGUCGCUUUUAGGGUCCAGCCAACUACUACAAUUUCGCAGCCAGGAAUCGGCUGAGAAUAUGCAGGUUGACUCGCCGUUUUCGACGAACCAUCCCAAUCACCACCUUUUCGGAAGUGGGGGAACCGAAUAUGUUGAUUAUAGCAGUUCCGGAUAUCAAAAUGCGGGAUCACGAAAAGGGAGUAAUGAGAGCAUCAAUUCCACUACGGGAUUCAAUGUGCAUGCUUCAGGCUACCAGCCUUCUCCGACAGGGACUGGCCUACCAUCUCUUCCGACCCCUGUGUUUAACACAUUUGAGGAUAUCCUGGGAGCCCAUUUUCAGCAACAGCAACAACAGAAGUAUUUGCAGUAUAAGAAACAGCAGCGGCAGAACAAGCAGCUGGAACAGCAGCAGCAGCAACAGCAGAACUCGCAAAAGCAGCCGACUUAUUCCAGAGUAUUUGUCAAACUAUCCGAACCACCUCGGAGGAACGACGGGCAGCAAGGCCAUCGCCUGGCGCCUUUGCCCACCCCGCCGUUUUCCGCGUCAAGCUCUACGCAUAGCGGCGGGGAUCCCUCCCAUUAUCGCCACCCGCCUACGCUGCCAUACCCAACUUCGCCGGUAACCACAAACAUGUACACCAUCCAUAGCGGUGGGCCUGGGCAGUAUGGGGCUGUGUCAGAAGAAGAGGAGACGUUCGCCGGAAAUGGCGAUGAGCAUCAAACCAGUUAUCAUCAAACCGGGUAUGGGCAGGCCGGCGAAAAUAACCCGCCGACAGACAAUCUGACAGAAACUUAUCACCCCGACGAACCGUCGUUCACUGAGCGGAUGUUCCAAUACGCCAAUGCACCUUUGGGUGUACCUUUGAGUGAUGCACCAGCGCACAAUCCGCCUCACCGCGUGAUGGACGACAACAUCCCCCAACCCCAACCCAAUCAGCGAGCCGCCAAAAGCGCCCCCCGGCACCAGCACCAACGCGCAAUAUCCUCUCCCAUUCCCAAAACCUCUGUCCCGACGAGCCAACUUCCAGUCGCAAAGCAAGGGACGCCGACAGGCCCGCGCAUAUAUCGCUGUUUCGUCAAGGAUUGCACCAAGACGUACGGCACGGGCGCCGGGUUGCGGUACCACCUACGCAACUUCCACAAGAUGGCGAGCAUACCACGUCAACCGCCCGUCCGUGUUGCGCGGACCAAACCGGAUUUCUACGCUUGCCCAAAAUGCCCGAAGCAGUACAGCACUGCUGCAGGGUUGAGGUACCAUAAGAAGACGUUUACGCACCCGGAGGAUGUCGAAGGGAUUGUGGCCCCGGCUCUUGCGAAUGGGAGCCCGGCUGGGAGUGUGGGAUUACCUGAGAGCGAGAUUGGCGAUUUCUCGGGCGAGGAGGAUGUCGGAUCGGAGUCGGCUGGGAUGGAGGGAGUGGAUGAAUACGAGGACGAUGGGAUGGAGGUGGGAUUGAACUUUCCGUAAAACAGUCCCAUCUCGUGCCCUUCUUUCUCCCGUAGAACGGUAUACAUUUUUCUUGUCUUUUCGGCAUUGUAUUUUCCUCUUGUGAGUUUAUGAACAAUUUUGCAUAUCAUUAUUGAACGAGUAUGUUCCCAC